AUGCGAAUUACGCGGGUCUUCUUCGGUUCCGACUUUGUAACCGUGACAAAGUCAGAAGACACCACAUGGGAUUUUCUGAAACCCGAAAUCUUCGCAGCAAUCAUGGAUUUCUACUCCUCUGGGCAGCCAUUGAUCUUGGAUUCAAACUCUGCAGCUUCAAUGGACACAGCUAUAAAAGAGGAUGAUUCCGAGGUUGUUGCUAUGAUUAAGGAACUAUUAGAGACUCGUAUACGUCCAGCUGUACAAGAUGAUGGUGGAGAUAUCGAGUAUGUCGGAUUCGAUCCAGACAGUGGAAUAGUCAAACUAAGGAUGCAAGGAGCCUGCAGUGGCUGUCCUAGCUCCUCCGUCACUCUUAAAUCUGGGAUCGAGAAUAUGCUCAUGCAUUAUGUGCCCGAGGUCAAAAGUGUGGAGCAGGAAUUUGACGAUGAAGAUGAAAACACCGCAUUAACUGGAGCACCAUACGAGUAAUUAACUUGAAAAAGUAUCGCCUUCGUUUUGGAGUAUUAGAGGUACUUUAAUAUUUCUUUGAAGCGUAAGUUGUUACGAACCUGCAAGUUUAACUAGCUCGUAGAAAAUGUUUUUGUUUCGUUU